AUGGAUGCACUAGUAAGGCGAAAAAUUGUCAUUGUGGGUGACGGAGCCUGCGGGAAAACCUCUCUUUUGUAUGUGUUCACACUUGGAGAAUUUCCAACCGAAUAUCAUCCUACAGUUUUUGAAAAUUACGUCACAGAUUGUAGAAUCGAUGGGAAACCGGUCCAGUUGGCUUUAUGGGAUACUGCUGGACAAGAAGAAUACGAAAGACUCCGACCUUUAAGUUAUCAUAAUUCCCAUACCAUCCUUAUAGGAUUUGCUAUAGACGACCGUGAUUCACUAGAUAAUGCCCGAACCAAAUGGGUGGAUGAAGUGAAGAAAUAUUGUCCAAAGACAGCCUAUAUGCUAAUAGGAUUGAAGAAAGAUCUUCGUAAAUCGACUGCAGACUCUCGAUACGUUCAAGUACAUAUGGGAGAACAAGCAGCUCGUGAAAUGGGUGCCAAGGUUUACAUGGAGAGCUCAGCACUUACAGGAGAGGGAGUAGACGACAUAUUUGAAUAUGCCACGAGAACAAGUUUGUUGGUGAACGAGAGAGACGGUAGCAAAUGCUGCACGAUACUAUAA